CGCAGCCAUUAAGAAGAACCCUGCAGCUGUGGAUAUGGUGUAUGAUGAUUGAUAAUUUUAUUCCGGUUAUAUAUCAUGGACAGUGUUAUUUUACCUUAGCUUAACUAGUAAGGAACUAGUGAAUACUCUAGCUGUUGUUUCAUUAUCCAGGUACUUUCACUCUUAUGCUUAAUUGUUUAAGUUAACACUUUGUAUGUAGGUACCCAUUAUUUUUAAUUAACCUAAUUUAGGUAAAAUAGGUAGUGUUUUUUCUUGCAAAUUCAUGGAAAAUAUCUAAUUUGCAUUCACUGUUAAAACAGUAAGUCUAGGUAUUAGAUUUAAUUGCGUGUGGUUUAAUGAACUUAUACUUGUAAGUAUAACCUUCAUUCUUGAAUCGUUAUCACUUCUCAUCAGUCCAGUCAUCAGGUUUGGCGAUCGAGAAAAGCUCCAAGAUUCAUUUUCACGUUCAACUGCAAUUGAAAUUGAAAUUAUCUACAGAAUGCCCGACAGCGGUAAAGUAGAUGUGAUCAUUUUCGGUGCCACUGCAUUCACUGGUAAAUGUGUUGUCAGAGAAUUUAUAUCCCUCAAUGAGAACAAAUACAGCUGGGCGAUUGCCGGAAGAAAUGAAAACAAAUUACGUGAAGUGUUGGAAUGGGCUUCGGUCAAAUCAGGGCACGAUGUUACUAAAAUCCCCAUCAUCAUUUGCAGCUGUGAAGAUGCAGCUAGCCUCAACAAAAUGGCACGAAGAGGACGAGUAAUAAUCAAUUGUUGCGGACCUUAUCGAUUAUACGGUGAACCGGUGGUUAAAGCUUGUAUCGAAAAUGGAACUCAUCAUGUUGAUGUUACCGCAGAACCUGAGUAUAUGGAAAGCAUUCAGCUAUAUUAUCAUAAAGCUGCUGAGAAAAACGGUUCUUAUAUCAUCAGUGCUUGCGCUUUUGAAAGUGUUUGUUGUGAUUUAGGAGUGAUCCACGUAGUUAAUAAUUUCCCAGGAGAAGUCAAUUCCGUCGAAUCGUUUUUGAAAGUUCGGGGAGUAUGGAAUGCUGAACCUGCUGGAAAUAUUGGUACUUGGCAAAGUAUCGUGUACGCAGUCGCGAACGAGCAAAACAUGAUACGAAUUCGUAAACGGUUACAUUCGUCAUUAAAUGAACCAAAAUUGGAGCCCCGGCUGAAAUCUAGGUUUGUUGUACACAGAUGCGAGUUAUUCAAUAAAAAGUUCGCGGUACCAUUACCGGAACCUGAUCAAUCGGUAGUAUUCCGAACGCAAAUGUUUCUGCGUAAUUACUACAAACAACGUCCCGUGCAGUACAAGGCUUAUUUUGUUUGCCCUUCAUUGAUAUUUAUAAUUGGAUUUUUUCUCAUGGGAUUCUUCUUAUACGUAUUUUGCAAGUUUGAUUUCGGCCGACACCUUCUAUUAAAAUAUCCGGAAUUCUUCUCUUUUGGGAUCUUUUCGUCAAAAGGACCAUCAGAAGAAGCUAUUGUGAAAUCAUCCGUUUGUUUCAAGUUCAUAGUACGAGGUUGGACGAAAGAAAUUGCUUCCAAGUUCGAAAAUAAGGAAGAAAUCAAUGUGCCUACCAAUAAAGUAUUAGUGGCUGAGAUGUAUUGUAAAAAUUUUGGGUAUGGUUUUACUUCCAAAGCAGCUGUUAACGGAGCCUUUACAAUUCUAAAGGAAUCUGAUAAAAUGCCAUCUAGAGGUGGCGUGUAUACUCCUGGAGGAGCUUUUUCCCGAACUAGCUAUUUUGAUCAGUUGUUGAAAGAUGGCGCGUCUUUUAAGAUCUUGAGAGAAACUUAAUGGAAAAUAAUCGAUCUUCGUAUGCUUCUGUUCGAACGAGACUGUUAAAAUAGUCAGAAAGAGGAAAUUCCUAAAUAUUUUAUCAAAGUUUUUAUUGAUUUUUUUAUACUGUUUGAAAGUUGUUUAGAUUUAACAGUGCAUUUUAUGAUGGCAUUUUUUAUUCGUUUACAGUAGGUAGGUAUAUAUUUUAUUUAUGGACAAAAGUACCUCUACAUACCUAUGUCAGAGAAUUUGUCAUUAAAAAUACCUAUAUUCAAAAUGGGAAUGCAAUUCUCAUUGUACCUUUAUUUUUGGUGAUUCGAAUAAAUAUGUUGUUAUUGA